AUGUUGUUGUCCACUUUACUUUCUGCCACUGUUAUUCUUGGUGUUGUGGCUGCACCUCCUCCAGACCAUGAUCAUCAGCCACCAAAACACAACAAAAUAGUUCCAGGGAUUGUGUUCGAUCGCUUUAUCAGUAUUUGGCUCGAGAACACGGACUCAACGGACGCCCAGGCUGAUCCAAAUUUUGCUGCUUUGACACAGCAAAGCCUCAGAUUGACAAACUAUUUUGCCGUUACUCACCCUUCGGAACCCAAUUACGUUGCUUCUGUCGGCGGAGAGUAUUUCGGGAUGCAGAAUGAUAACCUGAACCGUAUCCCAGCGAAUAUUUCAACUAUCGUCGAUUUAUUGGAGGAGAAGGGCAUUUCGUGGGCCGAAUACCAAGAAGAUAUGCCAGAAACUGGAUUCCAAGGGUUUCAGCAGCUCGCUCCAUCUGGCGCGAACGACUAUGUACGAAAACACAAUCCGUUGAUCAUCUACGAUUCUGUUGCAAAUAGCACGACCCGAAGUGCUAAUAUCAAAAACUUUACGUUGUUUGAACAAGAUCUUGCAUCGAACAAUAUUCCACAAUGGUUGUUUAUUACACCUAACAUGACUAACGAUGGGCACGAUACCAAUAUCACCUUUGCCAGUAGUUGGGCAAGAGGUUUCUUGGAACCUUUGCUCAAAAAUCCCCACUUCAAUGGUCCGAAGACACUCAUACUUCUCACAUUCGACGAGAGCGGAAGUGACGGCAUUCAGAAUAGAGUUGACUCAAUCCUCUUGGGAAACGCGGUUCCAAAGCACUUAAUUGGCACAGAAGACAGCUCGUUCUACACACACUACUCUGGAAUAGCCACAAUUGAAGCUAACUGGAACCUGCACACAUUGGGUCGUUAUGAUGUCGGUGCCAACGUUUUCAGCUUCGUGGCUGAGAAGACUGGCGAUAAACUGCGCACACUCGAGAAUCCGCCGCUGUCAGAGACAUUUUUGAAUGCUUCUUACCCGGGAGUUUUUAAUACUGGACCCAAAGCGCCAUUGCCAAUUCCUAACACUCGCCUGGUGGUCAACGGACGUUUCGUGCACCCGAAGGUCGUUGAGAUUUGGGGUUCUCCUGCGUUACAAUCUUGCACCACCUAUACUGAUAGUGUACAGGUGCCUAGCCUUGCAAAUCCACCUGUCUUGCCUGCCGGUUGUCUUUAG